CCCGUCCACGAACCACCUACCCUUCCCUCUCAUCAGCUCCCCGGGCAGGUCGAGGGCCAUUCGCUCACUUUCAUUUCAAUUGGAUUUUGAUUUUUCUUCUUUCUGGCCAUUAUGGCCGAAUCACCCCUCGAUGUUCUCCUGAAGGGUAACUCCGGCAGAACCACUCGCGGUCUUCUGCGGUUUAUCAUUCUAGCUACUAUUGCCGCCGCCGCUGUGUCCAGUCGUCUGUUCAGUGUGAUCCGCUUUGAGAGCAUUAUCCACGAGUUCGACCCCUGGUUCAAUUUCCGAGCGACAAAAUACCUGGUCCAGCAUGGCUUCGAAAGCUUCUGGGAUUGGUUUGACGACCGAACCUGGCACCCUCUGGGACGUGUCACUGGUGGCACCCUAUACCCCGGUCUCAUGGUGACCAGCGGCGUGAUUUACCACGUUUUGCGGUUCCUCACCAUCCCUGUCGAUAUCCGUAACAUCUGUGUCCUGCUUGCCCCCGGAUUCUCUGGGCUGACUGCGCUGGCAAUGUAUUUCCUGACUUGCGAGAUGGCGACCUCUCCCUCUGCGGGUCUGCUUGCCGCUGCCUUCAUGGGAAUCGUCCCCGGCUACAUCUCUCGUUCCGUCGCAGGCAGCUAUGAUAACGAGGCCAUCGCUAUUUUCCUGCUGGUUUUCACCUUCUUCUUGUGGAUCAAGGCUGUCAAAAAUGGCUCCAUCAUGUGGGGUGCAUUGGCUGCAUUGUUCUACGGAUACAUGGUGUCUGCCUGGGGUGGAUAUGUCUUUAUCACCAACUUGAUCCCUCUGCACGUCUUUGUCCUUCUCUGCAUGGGCAGAUACAGCUCCCGCAUUUACAUCAGUUACACCACCUGGUAUGCUCUGGGAACUUUGGCUAGCAUGCAGAUUCCGUUUGUUGGGUUCCUGCCGAUCCGUAACAGUGACCAUAUGUCCGCACUCGGUGUCUUCGGUUUGAUCCAACUUGUGGCCUUUGCGGACUUUGUCCGUGGCUUCAUCCCGGGCAAGCACUUCCAGAGACUUCUGACGACCAUGAUCAUCGUUGUCUUUGGCGUUGCGUUCAUCGGACUCGUCGUCCUGACCGUGUCGGGAGUGAUCGCCCCCUGGAGCGGCCGUUUCUACUCCCUGUGGGAUACCGGCUACGCCAAGAUUCACAUCCCCAUCAUUGCGUCCGUCUCGGAGCACCAGCCCACUGCCUGGCCCGCCUUCUUCUUUGACCUGAACUUCCUGAUCUGGCUUUUCCCAGCAGGUGUUUACAUGUGCUUCCGGGAUCUCAAGGAUGAGCAUGUCUUCGUCAUCAUCUACUCGGUGCUUGCCAGCUACUUCGCCGGCGUCAUGGUCCGACUGAUGCUGACGCUGACCCCUAUUGUUUGUGUUGCUGCUGCCCUGGCCCUCUCCACCAUCCUCGACACCUAUGUCUUUGCUACCAACGGCCCCAACCCCCGCGCAAAGGCCAACGAGGACACGUCUUCCGAGGGUCUCCGUUCGGCCCGGAAGCCCGACGUUGGAAUCACCUCCUACCUUUCCAAGGCUGUCGUAACCUCCUCCGUGGUUGUUUACCUCCUUUUGUUCGUUGCGCACUGCACUUGGGUCACAUCGAACGCCUACUCCUCCCCGUCUGUGGUUCUGGCGAGCCGCAUGCCGGACGGAAGCCAGCACAUCAUCGACGACUACCGUGAGGCGUACUACUGGCUUCGCCAGAACACUGCCCACAACGCCAAGAUCAUGUCCUGGUGGGACUACGGCUACCAGAUCGGUGGCAUGGCGGACCGCCCGACUCUUGUUGACAACAACACGUGGAACAACACCCACAUUGCCACAGUUGGUAAGGCAAUGAGCUCGCGCGAGGAAGUCAGUUACCCCAUUCUCCGUCAGCACGAUGUUGAUUACGUGCUGGUGGUGUUUGGUGGGUUGCUGGGCUACUCGGGUGACGACAUCAAUAAGUUCCUGUGGAUGGUCCGAAUUGCCGAGGGUAUCUGGCCCGAUGAGGUGAAGGAGCGUGACUUCUUCACUGCCCGGGGCGAAUACCGGGUGGACGACGGGGCUACCCCGACGAUGCGCAACAGCUUGAUGUACAAAAUGUCCUACUACAACUUCAACUCGCUGUUCCAGCCUGGCCAGGCUGUUGACCGUGUCCGUGGAUCGCGACUCCCCGCGGAGGGACCUCAGCUGUCUACGCUGGAGGAGGCCUUCACCAGUGAGAACUGGAUUAUCCGUAUCUACAAGGUCAAGGAUCUGGACAACCUCGGCCGCGACCACAACACGGCGGUGGCCUUUGACAAGGGCAACAAGCGCAAGCGGGCCACAAAGCGGAAGGGCCCGCGUGUUCUGCGGACCGAGUAAAGGGUCCGUUGUCGAUAGCGAAUCGGGUGUAAAAUGAUCCUUUUCUUAGCCUGUCAAUUCCAUGUUCUUGUACUUGUCACAUCAUAUAGUCGAAGCAUAGAAAGAAUAUCUGUUAUCGG